CCACCUGGCGAUGGAUGGAGAGAAAUAAGGAGCAGAGGAGCUUCUGGAUCCGCGUCUGUGCUCCGAUUUAUCUCUCUCUCUCCCCCCUCUCGCCAUGAAUGAAAACCUCAUCCUCAGGUAUGCCUCCUAACCCUCAACUGCGCUCCAGCGACCGGCAGCAGCAACAACUACUAUUACCGGAGCCGGCCGAUUCAUUCUGUCUCUCAUUCUCGGGUGGAUGGAACAUACAUUAUACCUACAGGACAAUUAGUGCUGUAGCCUAAUUUAAGUGAGAACUUCAAGGAUUCAGAAGAAGUGAUUAAAAAAAUUCUCAGCCAUGGCGACAAUAGGGGAUUUUGACCCACUUAACUCCACCGUACCUGCGACUAAGAUUGAAAUCACCGUUUCCUGCAGAAACCUGUUAGACAUGGACACCUUUUCUAAGUCAGAUCCAGUGGUGGUGCUGUACGUGCAAGGUCUGGGCACCAAGGAGUGGAGAGAGUUUGGUCGGACAGAAGUGAUUGAUAACACGCUGAACCCCGACUUUGUGAGGAAGUUUGUCCUUGAUUUCUUCUUUGAAGAGAAGCAGAACCUUCGCUUUGAUGUGUACAAUGUGGAUACCAGGAGCUCCAACCUUUCGAAACAUAAGGACUUCCUGGGUCAGAUGUUCUGUACGUUGGGGGAAAUCAUCGGCUCGACUGGCAGCAGGCUGGAAAGGACACUCUCUGGGAUUCCUGGAAAGAAGUGUGGAACCAUCAUCUUCACAGCCGAGGAGCUCAGUAACUGCCGGGACAUAGCCACCAUGCAGCUCUGUGCCAACAAGCUGGAUAAAAAAGAUUUUUUUGGCAAGUCUGACCCUUUCCUCGUCUUCUACCGCAGCAACGAAGAUGGGACGUUCACCAUCUGCCACAAGACUGAGGUGAUCAAGAACAAUCUGAACCCUGUUUGGCAGCCUUUUACCAUCCCUGUUCGAGCACUCUGUAAUGGAGACUAUGACAGGACGGUCAAGGUGGACGUUUACGACUGGGACAGAGACGGAAGUCAUGACUUUAUCGGAGAGUUCACCACCAGCUACAGAGAACUGUCCAGAGGCCAAAGCCAGUUCAAUGUCUAUGAGGUUUUGAAUCCUAAAAAGAAAGGCAAGAAGAAGAAAUACGUCAAUUCCGGGACGGUUACUCUGCUGUCUUUCAAAGUGGAGUCAGAAUACACAUUUGUCGACUUCAUCAGAGGAGGGACACAACUCAAUUUCACUGUGGCCAUAGACUUCACAGCAUCCAACGGUAACCCGUCUCAGCCCACCUCACUGCACUACAUGAGUCCCUACCAGAUGAAUGCGUACGCCAUGGCUCUGAAGGCUGUGGGGGAGAUUAUCCAAGACUAUGACAGUGACAAACUCUUCCCAGCAUACGGUUUCGGAGCUAAACUUCCCCCGGACGGCAAGAUCUCCCACGCCUUCCCACUGAACUCAAAUACAGAAAACCCAAACUGUGUGGGCAUCGAUGGUGUACUAGAGGCUUACUUCCAGAGCCUGCGAACUGUUCAGCUGUAUGGCCCAACCAACUUUGCUCCUGUUAUCAACCAGGUGGCUCGGUGUGCUGCAGAAGUGACUGACGGCUCCCAGUACUUUGUGCUGCUGAUGAUCACAGACGGCGUCAUCUCAGACAUGGCUCAGACUAAAGAGUCUGUGGUCAAUGCAGCCUCACUGCCCAUGUCUAUCAUCAUAGUAGGCGUGGGCCCUGCUGAGUUUGAUGCUAUGGAGGAGCUGGAUGGGGAUGAGGUCAGAGUGUCCUCCAGGGGACGCUUUGCUGAGAGAGAUAUUGUCCAGUUCGUUCCUUUCCGGGACUACAUCGAUCGGUCAGGGAACCAGGUCCUGAGCAUGGCUCGACUGGCAAAGGACGUCCUGGCGGAGAUCCCUGACCAGCUGCUGUCCUUCAUGAAGAGCCGGGGAAUCGAACCCCGGCCCCCUCUGCCCACCACCUCUGACUCCCCCUCAAUGUCCACCACCACCACAACCAUCACUCCUGCCCCCAAGGAAUGCAUUAUGCAUGCCUGAAAUGAGGGUAGGGAGUGGAGCAGUACGGAUUUGAGCAAAGGGAUGUGUGUGUUUGUGUCUCUGUGUGUGUAUGUGUGUGUUGCAUGGUUUUAGGGUUGGUUGGUUGAGAGUAAAUUGAAAGGGACACCUACCAGAAGAGAUUACAUUCCUUUAAAAGUGUUGGUGGGGAUGAUUCCUCCAACAGGAUCUGGAGUGGAAGUGUAGAAAAUACACUUUUCACAUUUCUGGUUCUGAUUUUUGUCAGCACCUAUCACAAUACAUCCUCUGCAGGUGCAACACAGGACUCUUCAGUUUCCUACAAACUGCAUUUAAAUCAAAGGCUUCAAAUGUAGUUUAGCACUUUUUCCUCAGUCAUCAAUUCUAACAUUUCAAACCACUACAGACUUUUUGGCCAACACAACUUCUCCUGUAGAAGUCGAGUCUACAGCUCCGUCCUCCCAACUUCAGUUUCUGUGACACUGUUCCUGCUCACAGUGAUAAGAGUGUCUGCUGUAAUAGAGUAAUACAUCCUGAAGUAGAUGGGCAACUGAUUUCUAUCAGUUGUGAAGAAAAACAGCAGCAGCUGAGGCUGAUGUCCUUUCCUUGUUUGUUUAUUCUCAGGGCAUUAUAAAGGCUUGACAAAAGGGAACUGAAAAUAGAGAAGCAGAAAUUAAAUCCUGUCCUGGUUAGGCAUCUGAGAGCCAGUGGACACCGCUUCUUUUUAUUGCUUCAUGAACAUGUAUGCUGUAUAUUACUGUAUGCUGAACAUGAAAUUCAAAUAUGUUUUUAUGUAAAGGGGUGGUGAAUGCCCUACAUUUCAAGGUCGACGUUCAGAGACAGAGCUUCGGCAAGUCUAAACUAAUCCCACUUGGACAUGAAGGGAGGCACUUCCAAGCACCUUCUGAAAGCAGGAAAUAUAUAAGGCCGUGAAAUUAGCUUGGGAUGGAGAACAGACUGAAAUAUCCUCCACUCCAGCGCCUCCACUUCCUCCAGCCACUGUACAAUUUAACAAUAUCAGAUGGUACAGAUUAUUUCAGCCCCUGUUGAACAUAACCAUGUCUGUGUGCUCUACUGUACCCCCUCUUCCUCUAAAUUGUAACUAUCUCAGCUGGGGCUGUCAUUUUGGGUGAAUCAUUCAUAAGGUAGGUGCCUCCUGGUUCUCAAGCUGUCUGGAGCUUGUAUCUGUUUAAAAUGAAUAGAGCUGGUCAGUGUGCAUGUCACAGGCCAGAAUAUUUCAUAUGUAGCAGAGAAUGUGUGAAGGAGUCAGGGUCACCUUUACUUUUCUUCAUUUUUUACUGCAAAGUAGACACCAAGAAAAAGAGUGAAACGAAGAGUGAGUAUGUAGUGCUGUGUCAAAGUCAGACUGUUUUCAGGAAGUUGCACUGUGCUGACUACUUUUGGAAAUGUAUGCAGUUUUCCCUCAUCAGUUCUGGUGUUUGAUAUAUCGCUACAUACUGUAUAUCCUGUGGCUGUCAGUCUGGGCUCAUCAGCUACUGUAUAAACAGGCUGAUUUGCAAUGAAUGUUGACUUGUUUUCAGAUUUAUCCUUUUUUUAUGGUUUCAUUUGUUAUUCCUUUGUUGUGUGCAUGAAUGAUUCAAGCAAAAGUGAGCUAUAGUGCUUGAGUAGAAACCCCAGAUUUGUGCUACUAUAGCAGGUUGUGCUCUUUUCCUCAUGUACACUCCUAAAAACACAUAUUGUGUAGUUUGGUCAAACUUUUUGUCUCUGACCUCUGACACUUAUUGUAGGCUUAGCGAACAACACCAGAGGAAUGGUUUAACCUGAUAGCAUCACAAAAAUAGAAAAUGGGGGAAGUCGGUAAAGCUAAUAAUAAUAAUGAAUGGAGUCAUCGGGAUUUGUCUGGAUUAUUAAGCAUGUCAUAUUGUAUCAGAAGGGAAAUGGAUAUGUGGCCUUAUUUCUGUCAUAAUCCUACAAGUAUGUGUGAGGCAGGACUAUUUUUAUAUGACAAAACAGGAAAUCCAUGUUAUUUUGCAUGCUUAUUUGGCUGAUAUGCUGCCAAUGAUUGUACUUGUUCAGAAAAUCUGUAUCUUUAUGCUACAUUCACAUGGAUUCAUGCAGACGGCAAACUGGAUUUCAUUUUAGUGGACGAGAGUUGGACGGUAAAAUUAAGCGAGGCCAGUAGAGAAUACCGGCAACGGUAACAGUAAAAGUUUAAAUAUUUUAACUGUUUGCAGUCCUCCGCAACGGAAUUUACAACCAGAUGUUACAUAGUUCCCUUACACAAGGACAAAACAUGGGCGAUAUAGACAACAAAAAGCUAAUAAUUAUAUUGUCAAUUUUUUGUUGUUGUUGUCGUCUCUUUUUCAGACAAACAUAAACAAAACUAUCCAUAUUGGAAAUAAAUGAAUGACCUUACGUUUUGGAGGGAAUUUAUAUUUUGGAGGGAAUUUAACAUUCAUUUUAAGUUUGCAAUAGAAUAUUAAGAGAAAGCUGCAUUUUAUAGCUACAUGCAUUACUAGGAUUAGGCUACAUAAAAUAACAGACAAGAAAUAAUUUUAAUAUAUUUUAUUCUUCCUUCUAAACAAUACGACAUCAACAUAUUGUCAUGGGUGUUUCGUUUUGCUAUCCUGCCAUUCCGUCGGACUGUUUGUUUGUUAAUCCCGUGCCAUCCAGAAGGUGUUGUCCGUCUGCCAUCUGCUUGAAUCCAUGUGAAUGCAGCAUUAUUCAUAUCUGAAAAUGAAUUCAAACAACAUUCCUACAUGUGUUGACGUGUGUAUUGUGCAGGAGCAUUCUUUCUAUUUCUACUGUUUUUGUGUACGGUAUACUUGAAGGAACUGCCAAUGUAAUAAUCUAAAACAUAUAGGAGAUACAUGAAUAGUAGGAUAGAUUUGUAUCACAGUGUUUAAAACAUGCAUGCGUGUGUGUUAUGAUCAACAAGUACACCAACCCAAAGUCACAUAACUUAGUGGAUAUUUUUGUAUGAAGCAUGUUGAGCUUUCUAUACAAUGUGUACAGUAUUAGUUAAUUACACUGACAAACAAUAUACUGCUCACUGCUUCUCCCCAGUCUAGUGUGCUCCAUACAACCUACAUGUAGGUAAAAUGUAAAUACAUCUAAAGUGAUGUACAGACUAUUAUGUGUCUUCCUUCCUUUGAUUGUGUCCCUCUCUGAUACUCUUAAUGUGUCUCUGUUAUCUUUGUCUCCAUUUGUGUUGGUCAGAAUUUAGUUAUAGCUUUUGCUUAUAAACCAAAUAAAGAUAUUAUUUAAGGCUCA